CAUUCAGAUUAAAAAGAUUUAAAUACAGGAUGACUCGUAAUGAAUGUAAAGGGCAGAUGGAGGCAGAGUGCAGGGAAUGAGUAAAGAAGAUGUGAGGGCAGCUGUAAGAGGAUGAAGAGUGGAAAGGCAGUUUGUCCAGAUAACAUCCCUGUGGAGUUAUGGGGAUGUUUAGGAGAGAGAGCAGUGGACUUUUUAACCAGACUGCUUAACGUCUGGGGAAUGGGGAAGAAGCAGCAGUCCGGCUUCAUGCUCAGAAAACACCACAGAUGUGAUGCUUUCUUGCAGUGUUGAUGGAAAAGUUUAGAGGAGGUCAGAAGGUGUUGCAAAGAAAGCAUAUGAUAAGAUGUCAAAAGGUGAACUGUGGUGCUGCAUGAGAAAGUCAGGGAUGACAGAGAAGUAUGUGAGGGUGGUGCAGGACAUGUAUCUGUACAGUAAGACACAGUGGUGUGUGUGGUUGGAGUGACAGUUGGGUUCAAGGUGGGGGUGGGAUUACAUCAUGGAUCUGCUGUGAACCCCCUCAUGUUUGUAAUGGGGAUGGACAGGUUAACAGAUGAGGUCAGACUGAAGUCUCCAUGGACUAUGAUGUUUGCAGACGGUGAUGUGAUCUGUAGUGAGAGCAGGAAGCAGGUGGAAGGGAAGGGGUUAUAUGCUGGUGAGAAGAGAAAUGAAAAUCAGUAGAAGCAACACAGAGUACACGUGUGUGAAUGACAGGGAGAACAGUGUUACAGAGAGGAUGCAAGAAGCAGAAAUAGUGAUGAUUAUUAAUUUAAAUACCUGAGGUCAACCAUCCAAAGUAGCAGGCAGUGCACAAGAGAGGUGCAGGGUGUGAUCUGUUGCAUAAAGACAGAAGCAAGACUGAAAGGGAAGGUUUACAAGAUGGUAUUGAGACCUGCUGCGAUGCAUGGUGUGGAGAUGAGGACACCGAGUUGGAGGUAACAGAGCUGAUGAUGAUUUUAUUGGGAGUGACCAAGUGGCAAGGCUGAGAUGGUUUGGAUGUUGAAUGUGGAGCUGGGAAGAGAAAGACCUUGGAGGAAGUUCAUGGAUGUAGAGAAGGAGGAUCUGCUGUGGCGACCCUUAAAGAGAGUGACCGAAAGAGGAAGAAGAAAUGAAGAAUUGUGAAGUCAAAUGAACAGUUCUUCCUUCAGUGUCUCUCCUCCAGAAGACUUCCUCCUCUGCCAUCAGCUGCCACGCUACAGGUUUCUAUCCUGACAGAGCCGAGAUGAUGUGGAGGAAAGAUGGAGAGGAGACUCAUGAGGGUGUGGAGAUAGGAGAGAUCCUCACCAACAAUGAUGGGACUUUCCAGAUGAGAGUUAACCUGGAUCUGAGAUCUGUUCCAGCUGAAGACUGGAGGAGGUACGACUGUGUGUUUCAGUUCUCUGGUAUAAAUGAAAACGUCACCACCACACUGGAUAAAACAGCCAUCAGGACAAAUGAAGCCUCGACAGAAGUGCCCAACAUCACGAUCAGCUCCAGCUUCAGCCCCACUGCCGUCCCCAUCAGCGUACCCAUUGUCACUGCUGCUCUUGUUCUUGCUGUCGUUGCACUAAUCGGAUUCAUUAUUUACAAAAAGAAAACUGCUAAUUCUUCUAAACCUUACAUGAAGACGUCACCUGAAAAUGAUCCUGAAAGGAGCCCUUCAGAUUCAAAAUCUUCUUCAGACAUAACCUGCAAAACUGAGCUGAUGACAAAGUAAUUCUGACAAAGAGUGAAAUCUGCAACAAAGGAGACAGUUUGAACACUUGGACUAACUUUACUUCAUGAGGAUUCUGCAUCACUGAACUCCUGAGAAAACAUUUCUGCUGUAAUGGAAGUGGACUUUUUUUUAUUCCAGCCACGACACAACUUGUGACUGAAACAUACACAAACGACCUCAAACAACACAAAGGAACCAAAUUUUUACUUUUAUGUCAUAGAAAAAAAAGAGAAUUACUAUUUUUCUGUGCAAAAAGUUACUUUUUAGCCAAACUAACUUUAUUUAUAAAGUGCAUUAAAACAGCAAGUUCUGACCAAAAUACUUAACAUUAAGAACAGAAUUUUAAAAAAUUAAAUAAUUAAUUCAUUAAUAACAACAACCACAACUAUAACAAUAAUAACAUAACAAUAACAUAAACACAUGCAAAUAAAACUACAUAAAUAAAAACACUGAAAAAUAAUAAAAAGAACAAUUUAAAUUUUUUAAGUAUAAUUUUAUACUGUUGGUCUUUUUUAUACAAUAAUAAGUAAGUAAAGAUGAUCCUGAAGAAGAAAAACUACAUCUGUAGGAAUUUUGUGUUUAUUUUCCUCAGUGUUGGGUCUGAGUGUGUUUUACCAUUAUUCAGUUUUAAUGCUGCUUUUGGCCAUUUUUUGCUACAGCAGUUCUGUUUGAUUUUAGUUUAACUCUGGAUGUCUUUCCUGACACAACCUC